AUGGUAGUGGUAGUUGAAAUAAUCGAUGAAAGUCCUAAAGAAAAAAUAUUUCUCGGUGGUUGGAGGGAUAAUCUUACAGGAAUAUUAUACUACAAUGCUUUUACACAAACAUCUGUAAACGGAAGGGAUUUUAAUAAUAAGUGUAAUUCCUUCGUACAAACAGUUAAUGUUGUCAACGUUUCCACUUGUACGUAUCGUGAUAAAGCUGUUCGAACGAGCUAUGUUCCUGACGUAAAAGAUAAAUUCGUUCGAGUUCGUAAUACAUUUAACACGACCACCGAAUUACUGGGAUCAACGAAUUUGUUGUUGGAAACGAGUGCAAUCAAGAUACAGAGAUUUUACAGAGCUUAUCGCGCAAGGAAGAAUAAGGGCGGAUUUUUGGAAAAUUUCAUUGAAGAAAGGAGCGGUUUUCUCGAAAGCUCGAGUCGUCCACUCGAAAGGAUAGAUCUCUCGAGACUAGACGUUCUGCACCCGGAAACGAAAUCCGAUUUUGAUCGGCUCUACAACGCUUUGGAGGAAUGGCGUAUUUUAGAGAUCGAGAGAGUGACCGGUAAGCUUUUCCACCCAUCGAAGAUCGCCGUUUGUAGUCUCAUCCUAUCGAGAGAAGUAGAACUACUUCGUAAGAUAGACGCGAUGAAGAGUGCGGUGAAGCUGAAGUUGAAGGAACGACGUAGAUGUUACUUCCUUGAGGAGCUUUCCAAACCUGUCCUUUGGAGGAUUAAUCAAGGAGAAUCGAUCUUAGUAGACACGCCGAUCGUUCUAAGGUCACGACAAUUUCAAAAUCUUUACCAAAUGCUUUCAACCAAGGAUGACAAUACUGAUGACGAUGAUUAUGACGACGACAACGAUAACAAGUCAUCCUCAUUAUCAUUCUCUUCCUCCAUUAUAAGACGCAUGAAACUUUUGAUGAAAAUUAAAAAAGAAGCCGAACCACAUACUUGCAUUUAUUCCGAUGAAUUGAUUUAUUUAAUUAAUCAAGAAAUCGAUCUUCUGUCACGUAACACCAAAGUUUCCAAACUUCAUUGUUUGAGGGAACGAAUUAAACUUGCUUUUUUAUUAUUUGCCAAAAGUUAUUUGAUAAAUUAUCAAAAGAAUUGCGAUCGAGACGAGGAUCGAAUUGCAUCGAGAAUAUGUAAAAAUUGUGGUAGAAUUUUACCUAAGACUAAAUAUUUGUCGAAAGAUUUGGGAAGAUUUCGUCAGUUCUCAUCGUGCGUUUACUGCAUCAGUUUACGUCCUGGGAGGACACCAAGGAUCGUCUACGAGCCGUAUCGACGAAUGCUGAGGGAGGUCAGGCGUCUAGAGACGAGAAACCGUUGUAACACAGGAUUUGCUUUCGUGAUACCUCCCAAGGUCGUUUAUCGUCUAGUGAACACUAUCUGGCAUGGAAAAUCUCCUAUUUCUGAGUGCGACAUACUCGAUCGAUUGUGCCUCUUACGUUUUCGUAAUGACGUUGAAUGGUCACCCUGGAAUACUUUACUUUUGACUAAAGAGGAAGCUCUUAAACAUCAGAGAUUAAAAAAUAUCGAAGAAUAUUAUGACGAAGAUCUUCUUCGUCAGUUUCAUCUGAAAAAUUUGCAAGCAAAACUUUGCUUUAUUUUUAAGAUUUUAAAAUAA